GAGACCCCGUACGAGGAUCCGCAGGUGCAAUUUACUCGUUCCAUUCCGGAUGAAGUAAUCAGGUGAGCUUAAACAAUUAAUUUAUUAGCGAGUAUUAAGAGUUGCGUGUUGCGAGUAGGUUUAUUUGUAAUUCGUACAAUUAAAUUAACUGAGUUAAAAAAUAUUAGGAAUAGUGGUACUAGGAUCGUGCCGAAUACCUAAUGUAAUUGGUUUUCAAUUUUCAGUGUUUACGAAGUCUAUGUGAAAGAGGAGAACGCAGGUUCUGAAGGAAGGAACGAUGUCACCGUCGUGUCGAGCUUGUCGUCUACAAAUGAUCAUCAAUUAAUUCAGGGUGAUUGCAUGAACCUAAACGUAGCUAUAGAUUCUGAAGUAAUUAACAUUGACGGCGCUGUGACGAAGUUUCUCGGAAAAGAUACUUUCAAGUACAAGAUUCUCGAUCAAAAUGUUAAUUCGUCCGAAGAUAACGUUAUGGUGUAUUCACACCCGGUCGUCGAGGAACCAUCUUCGUCUUCCACUCGACUGAUCGACAAGGACGAUCCGAGAUCGAAACUUCAUUUUGUGAAAUAUCUGAAGCGAGAUGGGAAAACGUUGAAAAUAUGGGAGUGCGGGAUUUGUUCGAAGGAGUUCCGGCAUCAGUACACGUUGAUGAGGCACUUGCCAACGCACACCGACGAGAGGAACUUUAAAUGCGAGGCUUGCGGCAAAGCUUUCCGACAGUUGUCGACAUUGAGCCAGCAUAAGGCGAUACAUAGCGAUGCCAGGCCGUACGUUUGCGAAUUUUGCAAGAAAACUUUCAACAGUAAGCCGGUGCCCAGGGAACCGGCAACAGUUAAAUACCGUACCGUUGUCAGGCAAUUUGAGGAACCACGUGUUUACCCAUACGAACGAGAGGCCGUACAAAUGCGAGCUUUGUGGCAAAGGCUUCAAUCAAAUGUCGAAUUUGGUCUGCCACAAGGUCAAAGCGCAUGCACACGCGGAGAAAAUGCAGCACGUGUGCGGAAUCUGCGGCAAAGAGUUUCCGCGUCGAUUCUCUUUGAGAUCGCACGAAGAGUACAAGCACGGGAUAAAGUAUCGACAUCCGGCUGGUGUGCAGCCGAGCAUCAACGAUCCGAACGUCAUAAGAAAUCGGAUGUGAUGGAGCCUGUGGUGAUAGACAAGAUUGACACAAAGGCGAUGGAGAUGGCAUUGAUUGAGGAACAAACGCCAUUCGCGUUGUUUAAACCAGCCAAAGGAAUUCCUGUCCUCGUGAAAGUUUCUCCAACCGGGACUCAUAAAAACAUCUUGACUCCUGCUACGGCAGAAGAUUUACGUAUGGCAGGGAAGAUGAGUCUGAGUCCAACAAUUUCUGCUGACGCUGACAGGAUCAAAGCAGUCCAGGUAAAAGUGCCGGUGGUAGCCACGGUUAUUCAAAAUAUAGAUUCUGAUGGGAAAAUAAAUUUCAUUGUCGAACCGCCCGGACCCGAGAACGAACACGAGAGCUUGGUCACGGCAUUGGAUUCUCAGUUCACGUACAGCGAGCCAGCUAGAAACGAGCCCGAUCGCCAGAAUGGUACUGUUGUAUCCUCAGCGAUGGAGGAUUGCAACGAGUUACUGGAACUGGCUGCCCAGGGUGGAAUACAGUUCGUGCGUGCCACCGAGGAUGGUCGUUACGAGGUAAUGACGAACAGCGAGGCUCGCGAUCUAAUGGCACAGAAUUCACAUGACGUGACCAUUCUUGAGGGUGAGGAUGCGGACGCGAUCAAUGUUGUGAAUAUGCGCGGUAACGGGGAAGUUAUUAUCGGGGAUUCCGAUAAUCAGAUCAUGGUACUCGAUUCCGGCUCCACGCAGAAAUCUAUGCCGAUAGACGGCAUUGAGAUCCUAGAAGACAAGGACAUCCGGAUCCUCGACAGCAAAAGCCUUGAUGAUCGUUUCGUCGAUGCCAUAGGAGUGCCAUCGAGUCAACAAGAAUUGACAAACAUUCUUAGUCAUAGAAGCGACAUUUCGACUCUGUCGACUACCUCUCAGCCUUCGAUAUCGUCUUUGUUAAUGAAAAAUCAUUCAUCCUUGUCGAUUUUGAACGACACACUUCCAUAUCUAAAAAGCAAUACCAGCUUAGUCGAAGACCUUAAUAUACUGGGUAACUCGACACUGGACGAUCAUCAUUCCGUGUACGAAUCGAAGAUAAAAUUACCCUCUGUUUUCGAUGACACUGAACCUGAUACUGGCUUGAUACCCAUUAGUCAAUCGGAUAUGAAAAUUCUUAGGUCGGGAAGUUCCAACAAGAUUCUCGGCAAUAAAUCAAAUUGCCUGUCGUCGUCGAAGUUGUUCCCCGGUCUGAACGAAGUAAAGAUUCUGGGCCCGAAAAAUCAUAGCCAAGAAAUCAUAACGUCACAGUAUCAGGACGUAAAGCUACUUAGUCCGUACGAGCAGUUUCUGAAGAACACCGCUUCGAACACAAAUGGCUGCGACAGCGGCGAACUCAACACUUCUGGUGGAUGUAGGAAGGAGGUAAAGAUUCUAGGCAAGAAGUUGGGAACUGGCAUUAUUACCAGCACAGAGGAGGGCAACGUCGUGGAAGUCAUCGAGGAGAAAACUAAGCUGAUGAUGGACGGCGGAGGACUGUGCAACAGCUCGGACAACAUCUCGUCGCUCCGAUUGGACAGGCAAAUCACGGAAAACGGUGGACCAGACAGUUUCUUGCUCCAAGCCUGUAGCCCAUGUGACACGGACUUUUUGAAUUUCGAGAAUCGUUUGAAGGACACGUCGCCGGCCGGCCACUUCGAGCGAACCCAGAAGGAUCCCAGGGAUAGUUUCAGCUCCACCGGUAGCCUUCCCGAUCUCGAU